AUGUUCUUUGGGAAAUUGUUCCGGGACUUGCGCUGGGUGAAGACCCUUGGAAGGCGGAUGGUUUUGGGGAACGAAGUAGGGAUGAAAGAGACGAGAUUCGCGCAGUUUUUCCGGUGGUGCGGAGAAAAGGACUUGCCUUGGUCAGAGACUUGGCUGACUGCGUAUGAUCUUGUUAAAGUUCCUGUUACUGAUGGGUGGGCACAGUCUGAUUGGAAUGGGGAUACCCGGUUGUGGGAAACUAGGUAG